AUGGUAAUAAAUGUUCAAUUUGAGCUUGACUUUUAUCGAGUUCGAGUCGAGCUCGAGCCGAAUCGUUUAAUAUUUGAACCGAACUCAAACUUAUAUAAUGUUUGUUCGAUAACUUGUAUCUUCCUAGCCCUCUUCUCCGCCUCCCUCAGCCUCAUGAUGGCGGACAUGUCAAUCAUCGAGUAUGAUAACAAUCACCAAUCAAAAUCCAGAACCGACGAAGAAAUGGUGAAUAUUUACAAAAAGUGGAUUGUAGAGAAUGGAAAAGUGUACAACGGAAUAGAUGAAUUUGAAAAACGUUUCGAAAUUUUUAAGGAUAAUUUGGUCUUCCUAGAUGCUCAUAACUCCAAGAACCGGACCUACAAGGUUGGAUUGAACGUGUUUUCCGAUCUGACCGAUGAAGAGUACCGAUCCUACUACCUCGGCAUGAAAUAUGAUGCCGGUCUCCAAUCUGUCCAGUCAGAGCUGGACAGCCAAAGGUAUGCUGUGUCAUCAGGUGAAAUUCUCCCGGAGUCGGUUGAUUGGAGGACGAAAGGCGCCGUCUUACCGAUUAAGAACCAGGGAAAAUGCGGAAGUUGUUGGGCUUUCUCGGCGAUUGCAGCGGUGGAAAGUAUCAACAAGAUAGUAACAGGACAACUGAUUGAUUUGUCGGAGCAAGAACUUAUUGACUGCGAUCGAGCUAGCCUAGGCUGCUUAGCCGGGUACAUUCUUACUGCAUUCCAAUUCAUUAUUCGCAAUGGUGGUAUAGACACGGAAAAGGAUUAUCCUUAUCGAGAAGCCAAAGGCACCUGCAAUGCCACUAAGAUGAAAUCAAAGGUGGUGAGCAUAGACGGUUGGGAAAGAGUACCACCCUACGACGAAAAUAGUUUAAAGAAAGCUGUCGCACAGCAGCCCAUCAGCGUUGGCAUUGAAGCUUAUGGCAAGGAAUUCAAAAAUUAUGUCUCGGGUAUUUUCACGGGAUACUGCAGAACCUCCCUAGAUCAUGCACUGGUGGUGGUGGGAUAUGGCAGUGAAAAAGGACUUGAUUAUUGGAUAGUGAAGAAUUCAUGGGGAACGAAUUGGGGUGAAAAAGGAUAUAUGAGGAUCGAGCGGAACAAUGUUCCUAGCGGUAAGGGAAAAGGGAAAUGCGGCAUAGCUGUACAAGGUUUUUAUCCCACAAAAAAAGGAAAUGCCGGAGUAGGAGACGGUGUCGUUAGUACAGCAUGAACGUAGCAAUUAAAUUAAAGUAUCCAAAUCUAAGUUAAAAUAAGGUGGAGGUGGUGGUGGUCACUUCUUUUGUUUUUGUUGUUAUUAUGUAUUUAAUAAACUGAUCAUGUUUUAUUAAUAAAUCUACCAUGAUCA